CAAAGCAACAAACGUUUCAUCGAGUCAAAUUGCGUCGUUAUUAGUGGUUUCCUCAGGGAUUGUUCUAUUAUUAGUAAGAUUACUUGCAAACAAUAAUUAAUUAACAACAACAUGGCACACAAUCAUGUUCAUGGACAUCACUGUGAAUGCAGCCAAGAAACCAAAACUGACGAUUUAGCUGUACUUUAUAAUUUGUACUCCAGAAUUGACCUGCAUAAUUUGGAAUGUCUGAAUGAAAGCAUAGAAAAUUCUGGGAAAAGCGUUUUUCGACCAUGGGAUGAACGUCUUGAUAGUGACAGAUUUGUUGAGAGUGAUGCAGAUGAAGAGCUGUUGUUUAAUAUUCCGUUCACAGGUAAUGUGAAAUUGAAAGGGCUGAUCAUUAUGGGAGGAGAUGAAGGAACACAUCCAUCAGUAGUUCGUUUAUUCAAGAACAGACCUCAUAUGACUUUUGAUGAGGCAGCUAGCCCUGCUGAUCAAGAGCUAAAUCUUGUAGAAGACUUUAAUGGGACUACAGAAUAUGCUACAAAGAUAGUUAAAUUUUCUUCUGUUUACCAUUUGACACUCCAUUUCCCUAAAAACCAUGGUGCAGACACAACAAAGAUCCUUUUCAUUGGCCUUAAGGGAGAUUGGUCAGAAGGCCACAGACAUGGAGUAACUCUAUGCACUUAUGAAGCCACCCCUUCAAUGGCAGAUCAUAAAGACAAAAUUAUUGAAACCACUAAUAUGGAUGUGUAGAUGGUUGCCUUAAUAUUUUUACGAUAAUUGUUUGAAGGGAAAAUUGUCAUUGCAAAAACUUCGAGGAUUACCAUCGUACGUUUGAACUAAAUGGAAAAGUGUGUUGAUUCCAACGGAAAGGGGUACGCGCUUAGAGUGGGAGUUUCUAUUUUGCACUUUCUCUGCGCGUUUACCCUCCGCCCAUUCCCUGUGUCGUGUGAAUCGAUCACUUGGUUAUUCUGAUAGACUGAUACAAAUGUCUAAUCUCUAAA